GCCGUCUUAUCGGCUUUCCUCUCCCCCGGGAUAAAUAUGUAAAUCCUAUCCUACCCCAAACAUUCCUCGACGACAGUUACCGUACGGUACCGGUAUAGUCAUAGACUCAUAGUUACCCACAAUACUGCAAUAGUUGAUUCACAAUAACUUGGGCCAGUUUGUGUGCAUCAACAAGUUAGCGUCGGCAAGUCCUUGAGACUGUUUUCUUCUUAAUAUUUAAUAGCUUAUUUGACCUUGACAUCCCUAAACAAAAUGAAUGAUAUGCGAACAGUUGUGUUUACCACUGCAGUGGCAAUCAGUUGCUCAAUUCUUUAUUUGGUCUGGAGAAAGCGUCGUUGCAUGUCAAAUUGGAAAGAAGUAGCCAUUGUUGACAAACUUUUCAUCCACCCAGUAAAAUCCUGUCGAGGCAUAUCAGUGGACAAUUUUGUGGCUACAGAAAAAAAUGUUAUGUUGAGCAACUCAGACAUUGGUGACAGAACUUUUAUGAUGGUACAUGAGUAUGGUCGAUUUGCAACAAUACGUCAAUUCCCACAAAUGGUUUUGAUAAAGGCAUCAAUAAUUGGAAUAAAUAAGUUGCGACUUGAAGCUCCUGGAAUGAGAGCUUUUGAAAUAGAAAUACCUAUUCAUGGCAGUGGAAAAGUGCUGAAUUACAAAGUUUGGGGUACAAGGUGUCCAGGAGUAGAUUGUGGCGAUGAAGCGGCAGCAUGGCUGGCAGAGUUUACUGGAGUAAAUACAGCACGUUUAGUGUUUCAUAAUAAACAGCUACCAAGCAGAGAAGGAACCAAACUUCUUGAAUUUGGACAUCUUGGUGUGUACUCAGAAACAACAACAAAAUCUACAUUUCAGGAUUAUUCUCCUUUUAAUUUGGUAUCCCAGGCAUCAGUUGACUUGCUCAACACUAAGCUGGACGGUGAUCAUCAGGUUACCGAAAGGAACUUCAGGCCAAAUGUUUUGUUAAAAGGAUGUUCGGCAUUUGCUGAAGAUAAUUGGAAAAGAAUAAAGAUUGGAUCAGCUGAAUUUGUUUUUGCAAAACAUUGCACUCGUUGUCACGUCACUACAGUUAAUCCAGAAACUGGAAUCAAAGAUGAAGAUCUCAAUACCUUGAAAACACUUUCAACAUUUAGAAUGUGUAAACCCGAGGAGAGGCCACUGUAUGGAAUUGCUCCAAAAUUCUCUGUGGAUUUUGUUAAUAUUAAACCUGGUGAAAUUAGUGUUGGAGACAAAGUCUAUCUUUUUGAGGAUGAUAAUAAUUGAUAAUGCUAAACUGGUGACAAUCUUAAUUUUAAACACUUCUAAAACAUUAAUAAUGGUAUCGGAGUCUACGUCCAUAGUCAUAACAAUUUAAAAAGCAAUUUUUUGAAUAGGUUUUACAGUAUUCUAACCUUUGUCAUAGUAUUGAAUUAUGUAUCAUUACUAAAUCCGAUGUAGACUCUUUGAACCCUUAAUCAAUUACCAUGUGGAAUUAAUGAAAAAAACAAUUUUUGAAUUAUUUAGAAAAAAGUGCAACUCUAAAACUUAUUCAACCUUCUGUAUGGAUCGUCGCACAAAAUGUAUUCAGCAUUGCCCAAGGUUUAAUCAAACUGCUCAUGUAUAACACUUUUAAAAAAAUUCUGAGUCGUCUUAUAAUUUAAUGUCUUCAACAUCAGUAGUAUCAUCAACAAUUUUAUCCAUAUGUUUUUAAAUCAUAUAUAUUUAUAUGUAAUUUUUUAAUUCAGUCUAUUAUGUUGCAAAAUAUUUAUAUGUAAUUAUUCAAUUUAGUCUAUGAUGUUGCAAAAUGUCUUUUUGGAAUGAAUUUUAAAAAUAUUUAUGUACUUCUUCACUGUUCUUGUUGGUACUAUAACGUAGUGGUAAUGCUAGAAAGAUUUUUUUGAAAUAAUCUCUUCCAUAUUUUUUGCUAAUUUAAAUUUUUAUCAAAAUAUACUGAUAAGCAUGCUACCUGUGCUGUGUACAGCAAGAAGAGUACACCAUGCUGGCUUGAACUGUUACAGAUAAUGCAAGUUGAAUUCACAUUGGAUCUCUGGUGGCUUUCCAGCAACCAUAUUUUUCAUAAUGAACACGAAUGCCUGUUUCAUUCUAGGUUAUAUUAUCAGUUAAAAUAUCAUGUUUGUAGUGUUGUUUAGAGUUUAUACAAUUAAUGAAUUGGAAUAGGUGUUAUUAAGAUGAAUUAGUACAUUUGCAUUGACAUUUGACAACCAUAUCAUGAAUGACUGAUCAAUUUUGCAAAUAAUGGUUUGAACAUAUACAAUCAGUUUCCAACUAUUCGAAACGUUUAGACCUUACUAGUGUGUUGUACGAUCUAAUCAUAACAAUGCAUCGUUGGUCAUGAUAGAGGCAUAUUUAUCUAUGUUUCCUGCUAUUUUUUAUUGAAUAUUUUCAGUAAUUACCCUUUUAAUGUUAAAUGUGGUAUCUACAUUCUUCAAGUUCAAAUUUAUGAAGUGCAAUUGCUUUUAAUUUAUGUGUAGUACUGUGUAUUUUUGAUUGUGUUUUGGUUUAUCAUUAAUUUUUAAUAUAUGCCAAAUGCUUAUAAAUUUAGUUGAAAAAGUGUCUUUCCAAAAAACUCCUGAAUAUGUGCCAGAUUCGUUUUUUUAUAUACCUAUACAACGGAUUACGAUCAAAAAUUUUUUUGCCAAUGUUUUGUUUCCAAGGUGCCUGGUUGAAUUUAAAAUAAUUUUAUUACUAGCUGUGAAUCAUAUUUUAAGAUGGAUUUAAAAUUUGUCACCUAAUAUAUUUUUUUAAUUAAAACUGCAUCCACAUCAAAGUAGUUCAUGAAAUAAAUGACUUCGUUUUUGGAUUCAA